AUGCUCUCAGCAAUCAUGCUUGGGCUGCUGGCAGCCACUGUCUCCUGCUCUCCCAUCAGCCAACGCCAGCUCGGUGGCUCUUCGUCCACAUCUGACGAGCUACAAGAUGGAGACUGCCGCGACGUGAUCUUCAUCUUCGCCCGUGGUUCGACUGAGCCUGGCAACAUGGGCAUCACAGUCGGCCCCUCAACCUGCUCCGCCCUCAAAGACUCCCUCGGCGACGACGCCGUAGCCUGCCAGGGCGUAGGAGGAGCCUACUUAGGCGAUCUGGGUUCCAACGCCCUCCCAGACGGCACAACGCAAGCCGCCCUCGACGAAUCCACCAAAAUGUUCAACCUCGCUUCCUCCCAAUGCCCCAACUCCAAAGUCGUCGCCGGCGGCUACAGCCAAGGCGCCGCCGUGAUGGCCGGCUCAAUCGGCACCCUCGACACCGCCGUGAAAGCGCAAGUCAAAGGCGUGGUGCUCUACGGCUACACGAAGAACCUGCAGAACGGCGGCGCGAUCCCGGAUUAUCCGGAAGAGCAGACGAAGGUCUUCUGUAAUGCUAGUGAUGGGGUUUGUAGCGGGACGUUGAUGGUUACGGCGGGGCAUUUGACUUAUACGACGGAUGUUCCUGAGGCGGCGAGUUUUCUGGAGGAGAAGAUUGGGAGUGCGACGGCGAGUGGGGCGGGUUCGACGACUUCGGAGGCGGCGGCGGGUGAGAGUUCGAGUGCUUCUGGACUGGGCGGGUUUUUUGGAAUCUAA